AUGCCGGCCGCGACCAAUGGCCAAGCUUUUCUCUUGAACCCAAAUGCUCCUGAAGGACCUACCCGAUUCCCACAAGCACGAUCGAUAUCGGCGAAUAGCCGCACAAUCUAUAUUUCUGGCAUUGCCAGCAUACUUCCUGACGGCACUGUCGCUGGCAAUGAGGAAGGCCAAGUGCCUGAUGUUCGGAAGCAGACCAUGACAAUCCUCAACACAAUCGACGACAUCAUCAAGGGCGCAUCUGACGGAGAAGGAGGUAUACACAAUCUGAUCGAUGCCGUGGUCUAUCUGACUGAGAUGGAGCGAGAUUACUCGGGCAUGAACGAGGAGUGGAACAAAGUGUUUGCGAGUCGGAUGGUAGCGCCUGCGAGAGCAACUAUUGGAGUCAAGGAUCUACCAGACCCGCGGUUUGUGGUGGAGAUCAAGGGGGUAGCAGUGAUUUCCGAGUGA